CAAAGGUAUCUUUCUGAAACAACACUUCCAUUUCUUUGGCUUCUUAAUCUUGUGCAGUUACUUGACAGUUCAAGACUUUUCAAUUAAAGGGCUCAGGAGUCUUAUACUUUACAACAUUCUAUUUAUUUCAAUCAUUUCUUGGAUGAUCUGCUACGCUUUUCUUGAUUGUAUCAAUCCGUUAUAUAUUCGGUAAUCAAACCAAGUAAGUUGACACAGUAUACCUACAAGUAGGUUGUUCUAAUUCCAUGAGAUGUAUUAGUUUCUAUCUCUGACCUUUAGAAAACAUACAUGCUCAUUGAAACUGCAUUGCUAAAAAAAUUAAACAGUAGAGAAAAAAGGAAAAUAAUCAAGUCUUGAAUUUUCUGUGUCCAGGAAGACUGUAAAAGUGAAACAAUGUAACCUUAUGGAAAUUUGACCUCCCAAACUAACCCAUUGGAUGACCAGACCUGGGUAAAACACCCACUUACAAAAUUUGCAGCAUUCUACCGUAUUUUUUUGGUUGAGAAAACGCAAAAGCCUCAAACUGACCAGCAAACAGGAUUUGUUAGCAUCUAUACUUUGUGAUGUGGCAAGUGACAAAUCUUUCAUUCACAGAACCGAACCAUUUGACUGGCAACAGAAGCAAUGGCCUGAAAAGGAAAAAGAGAGAAUGUAAAAAAAAAAAAGAGCUCCGUGUUUCUCCAGCACAUAAAAAUGCCUGCUCCAAAUCUUGAGGUUAUCACGAAUAUAUCCAACAAAUGUAGAGCAUGCUGGUAGCCAGCAGCAUUCGUCUAAAUAAUAGCUUGAGCGUGCAAUUAUGUCUGACCCACCACCAAAUUAUACCAUUCUUAAUUAGCCCUUGCUGCUAUAAGUGGAACACGGCAAUGAGACGGUUCAUCUCGAGGGUAGCAGACCACAAUAUAAAAUGUAGUGAACAUGAGACGACUUUGGUGUUGUAACCAAUACACUGCUGGCAGAUCUCAAGGCAUAGCAGACAAUAUGAUGGAGAUGUAAUGGCAUGAUUCUUCAUGUCUACUAAUCAAUGCUACAGUACAUCUGUGCACUUAUUUGUAUAAAUAGGCGUCAGCGGAACGGUAGAUACAUCAAACUAGAAGCUCUUCCUUCUUCCUCUCUUCGACCACAAUACAGAGCAAAUCUUCAAGCUCAGACAUGGCUUUCCACCAAAGAUCGACAAGUUUGCCUUCUAGGCCUCACGUCAGUGAGACCGAAGUCGAGCAAGAACUCCACAGCCUAGAAGCAAGCAUCUCUUCCUCCAAUUCCAUCAGCACGAUGUGCGAUGGUCUCAGGAGUCUUGCAAACAUCUACGAUGCUCUUGAAGACAUUAUUUGCCUACCAAGCAACCAAGUUUGUUCCUCUCAGCAGAGGAACAUAUUGGAUGGAGAAAUGGAAGGUUCUCUCGAGCUCCUAGAUCUCUGCGGUGCCAUGCAAGAGAUCUUCGUCGAGAUGAAGGCCAUCAUCCAAGAGCUGCAAGUGGCUCUAAGGAAAGGGGAUGUUGCAGCUGCUCAAGGCAAGAUCCAGUCUUACACCCACCUGGCGAAGAAGGCCAGGAACCAUUUCAAGAAGGCCACGAAGAAGGCUCCUGCAGAUUGCAGGAUGGUCAUGCUAUUGGCCAAGGCCAGGGAGGUCUCUGCCUCUCUCCUGGAGUCCACACUCCAUCUUGUGUCGAAGCAAAUCGAAAUGCCUAAACAGUCUCUUGUUUCCAAGGCAUUUCACAAGAAGAAGGCGGUUGUUUGUAAGGAGGAACAAUUGUCGCAGUUAGAGUGCAGUAUCGGAGAUCUUGAGAGUGGAACUGGACAUCUGUUCAGGAGAUUAGUCCAGAGCAGAGUUUCUCUACUCAACAUCCUUAGCUCAUAGAUACUCCCAAGUCAUUCUUGGCGCCCUCCGAUCGGCAUCCGCCUUUUAAGGAAUAGCUGAUCUUCAUACACUAUACUGUAUAAAUGUACAUGAUACCAUAGAAAUAGAAAGUGAAACCAAAGUUUUGAUCCAUUUGACCAUUUCAUCCUUGAAGACGUGUUUGUGAUCCCAGUUUUUGAUGCCCAUGGUUAGUGGAUCUUGUUCCUUAUGCAUGAAACAUGCCAGAUCAAAGUCACAAGGUCCCAAUCGAUCAAUUUUACUAUCCAGAUUCCCCACCACCACCACAGGGCUGUGCACUACUCUGGCACUACAACUGAGUAUAUCAUUUAAGCAUUGAAGGUGUCAAAAUAAGAAAAAAACAUUUACUCCAGAACCACAACUUUUUGCAUAUUCUACAGUAUUAACAAUAAUCUGAGAAAGACAUAAUCCAAACUUGCCAGUGCACAAACUUUUUCGUCACUUUAUAUGCUCAUUCCCGGGGUCUCUGAGAAUCAGUUAGUACGACUAAGAGGUUAGAUAUUAAAUGGUCAUGCCGCUCACACGGUGGGUGGCUGAAAGCCUCAAGCUGAAAACAGAAUAUGGGGAUAACAUGCUGAACCGCUAACAUGGAUCUUUUGCAGUGGAUCUUGUUUCCAUGGCCUAAACAUGCCAGCUCUGACUGUUGAGGCUUUAACCUGUAAUUUGCAAGAGUGCCCACCAAGGAAAAUACCUUAUUAAAUACAGGACACUAGGCACAGAAAACAAAAUGUACUAAACAUGAGAAGACUUUAGUGUUGCGAUCUCUAUGCGUCUGCCAGAUGUCAAGGCAUAGCAGACAGCAUGUGGCCGAUGUAAUGGC